ACAGAGCAGCAUCCCUCACUUCUGGUUGAACCGGGUCACUUGAUAACCUUUUGGCGAAAAACAAACUCUGGACUCAGAAUCUCUCUCUAGGUCAGUCCGUAAUCAACAGUCGUACGAUGAAGUUCUGCGCUACCAUUUUACUUGCGAUCGCUUUGAUCAUACCCAACUCGCUCGCAGACGAGCCAAUCUCCAAGGAACAAAAGGUGAAAAUCGCGCACACUUGCUUCAAGCUGCUGCGCACUUCGGCGGAAGUUCGUGAGCGGUUCUCCAGAAUGCAGUUGGGUGACGACGAUGGACAGGAUAUGACCUGUAUGAUCCGGUGUGGUGGGAUCGUGUCCGGAAUGUACGACGAUGAAGCUGGGUGGAAUUUGGAUAUGGCAGUGAGGCAGGCCCAAGGGAAGACUGGUGUCGAGCAGUACAGGGAAGCGUUUGGAAGAUGCGCUGGAGAGGUUCAGCCGGAGCAGUACGGGGAAGAUUAUUGUAGGAAGAGUUAUUUGCAGUUCCGAUGUGGAAUGAGGGCGUGGAAGAAUCAUAUCAAAGAUUAAGAUUUAUGCCAAAAAUUUAUUGAGAGCACUUUUUGUGUGUGCUCAAACCAAAAACCCAGUGAGAAAAAUCGGCUCAAAAUAUGUCAAAUUAGACUUGAUUCGUGAUAAUGAGAAAUGUCAAAUUUUAAGGACCAUUUACACUAUUCCGUGUUGAAAUUCAACAAGCCAAAAACUGCUGCGGAUCCACAACUGCACAUGUGUCAAAAUUUAAAAUUUC